CCCAAUUGGAUUUCUUUUUUUUUUCUCCAUUCGUCCAUGUUUUUCGCACUAAAAAGAAUUUCUAAUCUUUAAAAAUUCUUCCCUUUUUAAAAAUUUUUUUUUUGAAUCUUUGCAAUCGUUAAACUCUAUUUUUCUUUCUUCAAUUCUUCGACAUUGUUCCACAAAUCUCCUUUAUUUCUCAACUGAAUUCUUUCGAAAUUUUCGAAAAAAAUUAUACCCUUUUAAACGAAUUUCAAAAUUCAUUAAAAAAAACCUAAAAAACCCGCCUUUUUUGUUUUUAUUUCCGGGGAAUUUUUUUUGGAGAGGGUGGCGUUGGCUAACGUGCACCGGAGGUGCCUUAAGGCGAAGGCGAAGGCGGUGGCUUUUUAAUUUGAUUAAAUUUUCCGGUGGUGGGUCUUCGUCGUUUUUUGAAGUAAUCUUGGCCAUACACGUGGAUAUGGGAACGGAUAUGGUAACGGGGCGGUGGGGCACGUGGGAAGAGCUUUUGUUAGGUGGGGCGGUUCUCCGUCACGGUGCCCGAGAUUGGAACCUCGUCGCUUCGGAGCUCCGAACCCGAUCCAUUUCUCCAUUUGAUUUCACCCCAGAGGUUUGUAAAGCUAAGUACGAGGAUUUACAACAGCGUUACUCAGGUAGCACAGCUUGGUUCGAGGAGUUACGUAAACAACGAAUGGAGGAGCUGAGACGAGCUUUAGAGAAAUCCGAAGAUUCUAUUGGUCCUUUUAGGUCGUUGGAAUCGAAGCUUGAAAGCUUAAAGGCUGAGAAAAGAGAUGAUUCACGGGUUGGUUAUGAUUCCAGUCAGACGGAAUCCGUCCUACCAUGUGUUAAAUCUGAAGGAGUCGAGUUUUCCAGUAAGGAUACAUACAAGGAUGGCCUCUCUGCUGGUAGUUUCACGCAGGAAGCCGAGACAAAAUGGGCACCCGAUUGUCUGGUCCCAGUGGCAGUUCCUGCUGAAGAGAUGGACUCGAAGCUGGGAAAUUCACCAACCUCAGCUGAGAGAGAGAAAAUUUCGACCAUUGAUAAUUUGGCGGAUGCUUUACUCGGAGGACAGUUACGGAGUAUACGGAAGAGAAGGGGAAAGAGGAAGAGAAAAUAUUGCAGUCCCAAAGAAGGGAGUGUCGGAGAAAGCGAGUUUCUAGGCACAUCGGAUUUCGCAAGUGUCUCGUGGUGCAAAGAAACUUCAGCUAGCAACUCGGCUCAGAUUGCUCGAUCUUCAGGUGUCGAGGAUCAAAGCAGAGAUUCAAGCAAGGACAGAAUCGAUGAAAUAAUGGGAAUUUUCAGUUCCGUAGCAGAGAACGAUUGUGCUUCCGUUUUUCGACGAAGGCUCGAUAGCCAGAAAAGAGGAAGAUACAAGAAAAUGAUCCUUCGGCACAUGGAUUUCGACACCAUAAAAUCUAGAAUAGGCAGUAAUUCAAUCAAUUCCGUUAGAGAACUCUUUCGAGAUAUGCUAUUAGUCGCCAACAACGCCUUGGUUUUCUAUUCAAAGAACACACGAGAAUAUAAAUCCGCACUACUUCUCCGACAUAUUGUCACCGCAUCUCUGCGACAGCAUUUAAAGGAGUGCAGAACUAAGAUUCCGAUCACCACCUUUACCCCUACCAGGCCUAUACAUAAGCCUCCCGCAAAGCCCCGGAGCAUUCGUCCCGGUAAUCGUAAACCGCCAGGAAAUGCAGCCAACAAUAGGAAUCCAGUAGUUGGGAACUCUAAUGUUAGUAAAAAACCAACAAAUGCAAGCUCUCCUCCAUCGAUGGAAUCGUUAGUGGUGACAAAAAAGGGUUCGGCUCGACCGAGAAAAGGGGGUUGCGCACAAGCUAGUCAAAAAUCGGAAAGUCCGGCUAAAGGAAGAAAGAGAACUCGAGCCCGGUGAUCGUGUUGUAUACUGUAUAUUGGUUUUCUUUUUUGUACUAAAUGUAGAAAGGUGUCUAUAUGUGGUGUAUUAAGUUUUUUCCUUUCUUGAAAACAGUUGCAGAACUGCACUGUAAGUUGUAACACUAACAGUAAUUAGUGAAAAUAAAAUGAAAUAAAUAGAAAAGAAAAAGAGGGAACCCUUAAAUUUUUAGGGUUAAUUGCACCAAA